GAAACGAAAGGGCGGACGUAUUUCGAAAGGACCUAACGUUUAAACCGUGCCCCUUGGUCGUCUUGUGGAUUGCAAUUCCCAUCUGCAUAUAAGGAUGAAAGUAUUUGUUCGGGAGUGUAAAACUGACAAACUACUUCUUACAUGGGAGAAUGUCUCAACUGAUGCAACGAUUCUCGACCUUAAAAAUAGGAUUUAUCUGGAAAGUAACACAUUUUUUGUUGUUAAUCAAAAUUUCAGAAAAGAAGCCUCAAUUAAUCCGACAGAGUAUUCGUCUUGAUCCUCGUGGAAAGUCAAUAGAUGAUAACAAACGAAUAUCUGAGUUUGAAAACACGGACAAAUCUGGGUGUGUUAAUUUAUAUUUAAGGGAUAUUGGACCACAAAUUGGUUGGCGUACGGUGUUUUUAUUAGAGUACACAGGACCACUAAUCAUAUAUGCAAUCGUUUGGCUUCUUCGACAACCUUCUUUAAAAAAUAACAUGCUUCCUCCUAUGUCAUCUGACUUCUAUUUAAGAAGAGUUGCUUUAGCUUGUUGGUCUGGCCACUACAUUAAACGUCUACUGGAAACCGUGUUUGUCCAUCGGUUUUCUCAUGCUACAAUGCCAUUGCGUAAUCUGUUCGUCAAUUGUUCAUAUUAUUUUGGAUUCGCUUUGUUCAUAAGCUAUUUUACAAAUCAUCAUUUAUACACACCACCUACCUUUGGUCACACACAAAUAGUUAUAGGCUUCUUUCUCUUCAUGAUUGGUGAAUGGGGAAACUUUUCAUGUCAUUUAGCAUUUAAACGACUUCGACCAGCUGGUUCAAAAGUUCGACAGAUACCUUAUCCAAUGGAUGGUUGGUUAUGUACUCGGAUGUUUAAUUUAGUGGCAUGUCCUAAUUACACUUAUGAAAUUAUAUCAUGGAUUGGUUUUACUAUUAUGACACAAACAUUACCAGCUCUUAUAUUUACUAUUUGUGGAUUUCGUCAAAUGAGUGUAUGGGCUAUUAAUAAAUUGAAAGCGUAUCGUCGUGAAUUCACAGAUUUUCCAAAAAAUCGAAAAGCAAUUGUACCAUUUAUUCUUUAAUUUCUUUAGCACAUAAUCAUUCUAUGCAUCAUUAAUAUCACUAUGAUUGUUAUUGAACUUUUAUUAUUCAUUGUGAUCUCUGUUUUUAUUUAUUUAUUUAUUUAAAGACAUAAAUAUUGGUACAAGAGGGCACC